UGUAGUUCAAAAUCAAAGCAAAGAAAUGGGCCAUGACUGUUGUUGCGUUGUCAACUGCAAAAAUAACGGCCUCAAUAGCAAAUGUAAAUUUUAUAUUUUCCCAAGAGCGUCUUACAAAAUAGAACAACGAAGAAAAUGGAUUGCUGCUGUGAAUAGAAAGAAUGCUGAUGGUACACAAUGGUCUCCAAAACCUCACGACAAAAUUUGUAGUGAACAUUUUAUUGGAGGAAAAAAAUCAGAGGAACAAUUAAGUCCAAGCUAUGUCCCUACGAUAUUCCCUACUACAUAUCGGAAAAAGAAAGUUAACCAAUCCCAGCUACCAAAUGAUAUGCAGAAUUAUAUGCGGUAUCAUAUAAUGGGUUCAGUACCAAAAGUGCUUAUGAAAUCAGGUUGUGUUCCCACAAAGUUUGAGUGCCAACAAGGCAAAACAAAAAGACUAUCGGACACUGCGGAACGAUCAUCGGUUUCCAAAAAAAGUAAAAAAGUAUUAAUGGAUGAAAAAGAUAUAGUAAAACAAAGUACAACUACAACACAAUUAGAAUUUUCUGGAAGUUCAUGGCAUAGUCCAGUACAAGAACAAGAAGUUGAAGUUAAAAUUGAAAACACAGAAGAGUAUUUAAUAGAAGCUGAAGAGAAUUAUCAGUUUGAAUCCGUUCAGGUGGAUGAGAGGUUUCAUGAUAAAGAGGUUCAGACGAAGCCGGAGUUGGCUGAUAAGUUAGUGGAAACAUGGCCAGUGCAGUCCCGGAGUAAGGCUGUGCAGGUCAACGCCCCACCUGAGAUAACUGUCAUGGAAUUAGUCAAGAAGGAAACUGAGAAGAUGAUGGUUCGCGUGUACAAAUACUUGUGCGAGGAGUUGGAGGUGAUGAAGCUGAUGUCGGCUGAGGAAGUGAUGAUCGGGUUGGAGCAGGUUUCCAGCCGCGCCGCCCAUGCCACCGGCGUCUCCGACCUCACCAUGCAACGUGUGCUGGAGGAGCACCAGAUAAAGACACCACAACAGCCUCAAAACAAACGGAAACGCAGAAAGAAACGCAAUAACAGUCACAGUCUAGAAAUGCAGAGAACAGAGGAAGCAAUUGCCAGUGCUGCAGUCUUUAUACCUGAGGCGGUAGAAAGAUCGGAUAUGGAAGUGGACUGCGCCGGAGACAGAUCUAUGGACGAGGCGUUAGUUUGGCUGAAGGUGGAGGUAGAUGACAGUGGCGGUGACACAACGGACAGUGCGCCAGAAGUGGAACUAAAGAUCAUCAAGGACGAACCGGUCUCUGACGAUUUAAAUGAUACGGCCGAGUCUGAAGUUAGCCGUUUGUCUACGCACUAG